GUGACCUUUACAGCGCUCAGGAAAUUAUGGCAGUUUAGUCACUAGCUUCAAAGUCAGUUCUGUCCUAUCUGAUAAUAAAAUCUGAUUAAACAUGUCUGAGAAAGAGCUGGGACAGAAAUGGGACCGCUGCCUGGCAGACUGUGCUGUUAAAGUCGGUGCUGGUCUUGGUUUAGGAAUUGUCCUUUCUGUUGUGUUCUUUAAACGAAGGACGUUUCCAAUUUCAUUCGGCACAGGAGCAGGACUUGGCAUGGCUUACUCCAACUGCCAGAAUGACCUGAGGGCACCAUAUCUACUAAACAGUACAGUUAAUAAGGAGCUCUGAACCAGCAAAGAAUUGCAUCUCUUUUUUUGUCUUGCUAAUUUUAGAGCUGAUUGACAACAGCCUCUGUGGACCUGUCCUCACCAUCCGAUGUUCUGUUUGUGUUCAAACCAGAUCGUCUGUCCUUAUUUAAUCACAUUGUUCAAAAUUGUUGAUGUUGGAUAAUGUGGAUCUGAGAAUAUCACAGAACAAAUGCACUAAUAAAUGGUUAAAUUCAGUCAAUAA